CUUUUAGAUCAUUUCUUUAUAUGUGCCCGUCGAUAAAUACGUCGACGUGGUGAAGGACCGCUCUGCGCUUCAUUCUUUACCAUGGUGGGCGUUUCAAAGGUUCGACAAACCUUUUCUUCAUGGGAGAACUUUCGGCGCGUUCUUCAAGUUCCAGAGGAUCAGUACGUUUCUCAAGGGUAUCAGUGGAGCAACCACGACCUUGAUCCUACUCCUCCAGAAGAGCGUAAAUGGUCUGCCUGGGUUUUCUCCGCAUUUUGGAUGGCCCAUGCCAUGAAUGCGUCUGCUUGGACUGCGGGCUCCGCGGUCGUGGGGCUCGGAUUGAGGUGGUGGCAAGCAUGGCUUGCUCUCAACAUCGCUCACAUUAUUGGAACGUUUAUGGUCGUUGCAAAUGGCCGGAUGGCGGCCCGCUAUCACAUUGGAUACCCUGCAUGUAUAAGGGCAUCUUGGGGUAUGUGGGGCUCUUACAUGGCUGUAUCCAUGAGAGCCAUUAUCUGUGUCAUCUGGAACGGCGUCAAUACAUUUUACGCGGGUCGUAUGGUGGAUGUAUGUCUUCAGUGCAUUUGGCCGUCUUGGGCCAAUGUGAAAAAUACAUUGCCGGAGUCGUCGGGGAUCACUACCCGCCAAUUGGGAAGUUUCAUAAUUGCAUGGUUUGUCUUCCAAUGUCUGACAUUUUUUCAUCCUCGGGACUUGAGAGUAUUCUAUGCCGUCAAGUCCGUCAUUGUAUUUAUAGCCUUGCACGCUAUUUUAAUAUGGUGGAUGAAGAAGAAUGGUGGCGCGACCUUUCCUCUUGAAGCUUCGAGGCGACUGACUAGCUCUGAAACUGGCUGGUAUUUUAUGCAAGCGUUCAACAGCGGAUUUGGAACACUGUCAUCGUUAACGGUCAAUCAAGCUGACAUAGCCCGUUAUGCAAGAAAUCCGAACGAUCAGUUCUGGGGCCAAAUUUUUAUGUUCCCUAUUGCGUCUGCACUUCCGGGCCUCUAUGGAAUCUUGGUAGCAUCGGCUAGCAUGGACCUAUACGGCGAGGCGGCUUGGAACCUCUGGGAUGUCUGCCAAAUCAUGCUUGAUCAAUACCCGCACAAUUCGGCGGCUCGUUUCGGUGUUUUUCUUGCAUCUGCAAGCGUCGCCCUAGCUUUGAUUGCCGUCAAUCUCGCUACCAACUGCCUGCCAUUCGGAAGUGAUGUGUCUGCCCUGUUUCCCAAGUACAUGACUAUUAGACGAGGCCAGUUCAUUGCUUGUCUGCUGGGUAUAGCCAUCGUUCCAUGGAAGAUUUUGAAGGACGGAGCUACAUUUUUGGCUUUUUUAUCUGGCUACGGAUAUUGGCUGGCACCCCUUGCCGCCAUUCUCUUCGUGGACUAUUUCGUCAUCAAGCGUGGGAAUAUCAUAACGAAGGAGCUGUACAAUGGAACGCCUACGGGUCAUUACUGGUAUACCGGCGGAUGGAACAUUCGCGCCCCAGUCGUGACCAUCUUAUCUUUGAUUCCUUGCAUGCCUGGAUUUGCAGCUAGCAUUUCAGAUUCAGUGCAUAUCUCCGAUGCAGCUAAGGAUCUCAAUACAUUUUCUUUUAUAUUGACCUAUAUCAUCGCCGGUUUCCUAUAUUAUAUUUCCUACCUGAUAUCCCCCCUCGAUGCGAAGUGGAGGAAUGACGAGCCAUUUGAGGCAGUGGCGGACGCUCAAGACGAAGAUGAGAAGGGACGGCUCGCCUCGAAGGCAUUCGAUAGUGAAAGUGGUUCGACUCCGGAGUCGGACAAGAACGUGGAUGCAGAUAUCUAUCUUGUGGAUUAAUGCCAUAUUUUCUUGGCCUAGAUGAUUUUAGUUACGGGUGUAUUCCUUUUAAUGUAUGCUUACAUGACUUGGCUUCUUAGCGUUAUCAUUCACACCAGGAU